AUGGAUUCGAGAGAAAAUUCAUCACGAAGAGUUCGAUCUCGUUCUCGAUCUCUAUCCCCAUCCAACUCCCCUUCUCCUGAAUCCUCACUUAUGCUUUUAAUUCCUGAAUCUCUUGUUUCUCACUUCAUCAACCCAGAUGUCACAAGCCGCAUCAAAGAAGAAUCCCAAAUCGACAAAAUUUGCAUUUUUGAACCCAAUGGAGUAACCCGAGAAAAAAUCAUUGGUUUGUACAGUGCUGAUUUAAAUAAGCGCUUGCAUGGGUUCCACUUACUCCCUCCCUCCGUGAGUUAACAAGAACAUUUUAUUCGCUCAUGGAGAGGUUUUUUUUCCCGAAAGUUAAAAAAAAUCUCAAUUCGCAAAAAUUGGAAAGCAAAAAUUUAUUAAACUUGUAAAAUUUAUGUUUUAAAAACAAGCUGUUUAAAAUUAAGCAGAAUUAGCUACAGAUUUAAUGAAACUAAUUAUCACUUAUACAUAAUUUUAUUUUUAAUAGAAUUUUUCUAUUAAAAAAUUUUUGUUCGCUCACGGAGGGUGGUUUUCGAGCAAAAAAUAGGGAUUUUUCUAAUGGUUUUAUUCGCUUACGAAGUGGGGAGUUAAUCAUUAAUGAUUUUUUAACUGUUGGCGACUAUAAAAUGAAAGAAGAUGGGGUAAUUAUCCUGAUCCCUGAAAAUAUGGUAUCGCUUCUUAUUGGAAAAGGCGGAAAACAAGUAAAAUAUCUCCAAGAAAAAAGUGGGACAUCUAUUUCUGUUAAUGAUAAGAAGUCUUUAGCUUCUGACCGACAAGUUAAAAUUAUUGGAAGACCUAUAGAUAUUGAAACUGCCACUAAAGCAAUUUGCCAGCUAAUUAGAGAUAGAAACUUUAGCCCUGAGCCUAAGCCAGCUCCUUCCCCAGGCCGCUCUCAGACUCGCUUUGUGGUUCCCAGUACAUGUGCUGGAAUUCUGAUUGGAAAAGGUGGACAGUUCACCAAAAGAAUUAAAGCUGAUUUCGACGUUGACAUCAGACUUAUCAAAGGAGAUCGAAGACCUCUGAGAGAAGAUGAGCACACAGCUGUAUUUUUUAUAUAGAUUUUAUCUGGCAGUCAAAGUGGGAUCUCUCAAGUAAUCCCAAAAAUAAUCCAGAAAAUUGACGAAGUCAUGCUAAAUGAUGGCUUUCGUGACCCAUCUGUAAAAAUGCUAAUAACUCCUAACCAAAAAAUGAGGCUGCUAGCUAAUGGUGCAUCUGCUCUCAAAGAAAUUGAAUAUCGGUCUAGAUGUAAUAAGGUUAGAGUACUUAAUGAUAGACAUGCUGACAGAGAUGAUGAUGUAAUCGUUAUAAUUGAAGGAUCGCCUUCUUACAAAGAAGAUGCAACAAUCAUGGUUUUUGAACACCUAGAAAAAAAUUAUGAGAUCCCACAAAGAAGGAAUUCGCCAUCACCAAGGCGGGAAGUAAGAGACGAUAAAUCGUCCAUUAGUAUAACUGUGCCUGACAAACUGGUUGCUAGGCUUAUUGGAAGAGGAGGAGAACAAGUGAAGAAUAUGAUGGACCUGAGCAGCUGCUCAAUUACCUUUCAUAAGACUUAUGAAGGAGUUGAUACCCCAGAAGGAGAUAAGGCCAGGCUAUGUACUUUGAAAGGAAGCACCAGCUCAGUGGCUAGUGCGAUCAGGAUUAUACUUGAGAACGUUAAUAAACUAGAACAAGAUUAA